AUGGAUCUAAAUAUGAAACCCUUCACAUGCUUGGGCAGGGCUCCCAUUCUUGCAAGAGUGUCUGACCAUUUGUUGGUUUCUCUCAUCUCCUGUGUGAUCCGUGUUUCCAGUAUGCGCUCCAUUAACCACCUGCAAUCAGUUAAAAGAGGACGGACUAUAGACAUGAUGCUUGCUGGGUAUCGGUAUUGUGAAGCAGGUCGACCACUGGCUGUGCUAGUUGUAAGCCUGACCUUAGGGCCCAUAGUGCAGCUGCCAGACUAG